AUGGCAGAGUGGGAUCCUACCGACUUUGACCUGCUGUACUAUUUAGAGAAACUUAGUGAUGAGGAAUUUCAGAGUUUUAAGAAUCAUCUACAGCAAUUUAUGCAGCAGUUUGGACUGAUACAGAUUCCAUCAGUUAACCUAGCGAGAACCCAGAAAGAGCUGAGUAAAGUACUAAUUACCUCCUAUGAGUCACAGCACAUCUGGAAUAUGGCAUACAAUAUAUUCCUAAAGCUUGGAAAGCACGAUCUCUGCACGAAGAUCAACAGGAGACAAAAAUAUACUGAACAAGUAAACAAAUAUUUCAUGAAGAAAAAAUUCCAAGACCUGUCGGAACAGGGCCCUUUUUCAGGAAUCAAUUACAGAUUCUACUGCGAAGUUACGGAAGAUGUUUUCUACACACUUGAAUUAUCAAUUGAUUUCACAGCCUCUUCGACAGGGAAUCUUAAUGUGUUCCUGCUGGGAGAUGGAGCAUCUGGGAAAUCUAUGGUCAUAACAACAGCAGUACUAGAGUGGACAGAAGGCGAGAUGUGGAGGGACACAAUCUCAUACGUGGUUCACCUCUCUUCUCAUGAAGCAAACGAGAUGACCAACUGCAGCUUGAUUCAGCUGAUCGCUAAGGACUGGCCCAAUAGGCUGGCUCCCAUUGGAGACAUCCUCUCCGAUCCCGAGAAGGUCCUUUUUAUCUUUGAGGACUUGGAUAACAUACAUUUUGACUUCCACAUGGAUGAAUCUCUUUUGUGUAGUGACAGCAGACAGAUUGUACCAAUAUCCAUUCUCUUCCUCAGUUUGCUGAGGAGAAAAAUGGCCUCAGGUUCCUGGCUCCUCAUCUCAUCAAGGCCCAACUGUGACCCAUCCAUAAAAACAUUGAUGGGUGAGAAAGAUCGCUGUGUGUUCCUGGAGCUCUCUGAGGAUGACAAGGAGAAGUAUUUCGACUUGUUCUUUAAAGACAAGCAGAAGGCCGAGGCAGCCUUCGCACAUGUCCUUGAGAAUGAGAUUCUUGUGGAUCUAUGCCAAGUCCCUGUCCUGUGCUGGAUCGUGUGCACUGUCCUGAAGCAUCAGAUGGACAGGGGGGAAGAUAUCAGACUCUCCUGCCAAACACCCACAGACAUAUAUGCCCAUUUUCUUGCCGGAGCCUUGACGUCUGAGGCUCGAAUCACCACUAAUCACCAUCGCCUAUUUCUCCUAAACAGUGUGUGUUUGCUGGCUUUUCAAGGGCUGUUUCAAAACACCCUAAAUUUUUGCAGUAUAGACCUCAGAAAUGUGGGCUUAACCCAGGAGGACAUCUUUCUGUUGCAGACCACGAAGAUUCUUUUGCAAAGCAGUCGCCCUACAAGCCAUUACAAGUUCCUACACUUGAACAUCCAGGAGUUUUGCGCGGCCGUCGCCUGUCUGAUGGCAGCAACCGAUUGUUCAAUCCCCUCAGCCCCCGAGAACAAACGUAAAGAGAAAAGGGAAUUAUACAAUGAUUUUAGUCCUGUAAUUACUUUCAUUUUUGGUCUUCUUAACGAGAAGAAGAGAGAAGUUCUUGAGAAUGCCAUUGGCCGUCGACUACCAAGGGUAGCAUAUUUCGGGCAGAACUUGCUAAUGCUAAUGAGACAUUUGGGGAACAAUCCGAUCCUACUGGAACACCACAUGCCUUUGUUUUACUCUCUCUUUGAGAAUCAGAAGGAAGAGCUUGUGAAAGCGAUAAUGAGCUUUUUCUCAGAAGUUACCGUUCAUAUUCACACAUACACAGAUUUGAUGGUCUCAUUAUAUUGUCUGCAGCACUGCCAUCCUCUAAAGACACUUAAGUUGUGUGUUCAAUACAACGUGGAAAACAGGUAUCCAGCUGUGAAGCUAACCCCUAGUCAAAUGACAAACCUCGACUAUUGGAGAGAGAUCUGCUGUCUACUUCACACUAAGGAGAACCUCCGUGAGCUGGAAAUUUGUAGCAGUGUCCUUGGUGGUAUUUCAGAAAGACUUCUGUCUAACGCCCUGAGACAUCCUAACUGUCAACUUCAAACACUCAGGUUGUCACAUUUCUCAGUUGAUACUAAAUUUGACAACCUGUUCAGGUCUAUGGUUCGUAACAGGAACCUCACCUUUCUGAACAUGAAUCAUAUGCCCAUUUCCCUAAACACGUUUUCCCUUCUGCGUGAGAUUUUGAGUGGUCCAACGUGCAGCAUACAGCACCUGAGCUUUGUGAACUGUCAUUUGCAAGCCAGUGCAUGUGCAGAAAUCUCUUCGAUCCUCAUCAGCAGCAGGCAGCUGAAAAAGUUGACCUUAUCCCACAAUCCCGUGAGGGACGAUGGGAUGGAAAUACUGUGCGAUGCUGUGCUCCACCCAGAUUGUGUUCUUGAGUCACUGACGUUAUUCCACUGCUGUCUCACUCAACAUUGUGCUUUCCACAUUGCGAACCUCCUUGUCCUCAGCAGAACUCUAAAACAUCUAGACCUGUGUGUGAAUUACUUACAUGACAAUGGAGUACAGAGUUUGGCUGUUGCCCUGUCAUUUGCAGAAUGUCAAUUACAGGAGAUAGAGCUGUCUAACUGUUUUCUUACCAGCGAUAUCUGCCAACAUAUUGCAUCAGCUCUUAUUUAUCAUAAUCUGUACCUGAGGAGGCUUGAGCUUGGGCAUAACAACAUAGGGGAUGCAGGAGUGGUGCCGCUGUGCUAUGCUUUGCAACAUCCAAACUGCAAGCUGGAGGCUCUUGGGCUAGAAAAGUGCGAGUUAACCAGUGCCUGCUGUCAGUCUCUCACCUUUGUUCUCAUGAGCAGCAAAACACUGAAAACACUCAAUCUGUCUGAAAAUAAUUUGGGUAAUGAAGGAGCUAGAAAACUUGCUGAGGGCUUGGGACACCCAGCAUGUGUACUUGAGGCACUUGGGAUUGAAAUGAGUGCUUUGAAUGCAGAAACUCAGAGGUUGCUGAUGGCUGUAAGACAAAGAAAUACCAGGCUGGUCUUUUUGUAUCAACCUUGCGUUAUAAGAGAAGGCAGACAAUUCAGUGAUUUGCAUAGUUCUCAGAGUCAUUCUCAGCCAGGUUCAAUGAAAUCUAACUACACUUGGCAGUCAGUCUUUUUCAAAGUUCCCAGAAGCUUUGCAUCCACAACAGGAGGAACUGCAGUUUCUGGGUACCCACUUUAACCAUGUUCUAUGUAAAGUGUAUUUGAUGUGAGCUGUCAUGACCGGGAUGCAGGAAAAUUAGGGUUAUGAUUUUUCAUUUGAUUUUGUUU